UCGAUAACCACCAUCAUCUCUCCCGUCGUCGGCCGUAUGCCCUACUCGCUGCCUACCCCCAGCACAGGCCGUCCUACUCACCGUCGUUCGUAUACACAUUCUCCAGGCGCCUUUGCUUCGCUCGGCUCGUUGCCACGGAUUACCCACCACCGCCCUGUCUUCCACAUACAAAACGACUGUUCCUCUGACGACGAUGAACAAGGUCUGCUCAGCCCCGGCCACAAGGCAAAGCCAUUACGGGUCGAUACACACUUAGGCGUACCAUUCCCACGAAGUUCGCCUUCGCCGCGAAGUCCUAGCCCGGAGGUUCCCAGCAGGCCUUCACUGCCGCAGCGAACCAACUCAACGCCCAUUUUGCUCUCCAAUGGCCGGCCUCUCAAAUCGUCCCUUAAAGGGUCACCACGUUCGUCAUCUGUUCCCGAUAUGCCCUCAUUAUCUAUCCAACAUACCCGUGCUCGGUCUGCCCCCUCUACGCCUGCUAUUUCUCACCACGAACAUCAUUGCCACAAAAAUGUUCACUUUCCUACCCACCAGCUCGAAACAGUUCGUGUUUUCAACAGGUCUGCGAAACCCGCUUCGCUGCUUCGAACUAUUCCCGCUUCGGACGCAGAGACCGAAACUGAGACGGAGGUUGAAGGUUCUUGUAUCACACAGACUCGAUUUCCCUUUCCUUCGGUUAUCCCCUCGUACUCUCUUUCUCCAUUUACCGACCCUGUACCAAGCCCUGCAGUGCCGAGGGAAGGUGCUAAUGUAAUACUCGAGUCCUUGACUCUUCCCCCAUCAACCCUAGCCCUGAAGGGUACCCUCCUCGUACGCAAUAUAUCAUACGAGAAGCUGGUCUACGUCAGGUUCACGCUCGAUGACUGGCAGACGACGUCUGAAGUAGCUGCUCGGUAUCAAACGUCGUUGCCUUCGUUACCUGUUUUGUUCAAGAAGAACUUGACCGUAGGUGAUGUCGCUGCAGGCGUUGCUACAGGAGGACAAGGCGCUUGGGACCGCUUUGAAUAUACAAUCAAAUUGGAAGACUACGCUUCGACUCUUAUUGAUCGCACCAUCUUUCUGGUUGUACGAUAUUCCGCAGGUGGAGGUGAAUGGUGGGACAAUAACGCUGGGAAAAACUAUCGUGUGGCCUUCAUUCGAAGUCCUGACCGUAAGUUCCUAUUAUGCAUUCCGUUCCCACUUGUUCACUCACUUAGCUAAAGAAGCGUCACCUGCAACGGUCGAG